CCCGUCGAACUUGUCUUCGUCCUGCCGUCCUUCCCGCGGCUCUGGGGGGCUGCGGGACGGGGCGGGGAGUUGGAGACGCGUUGGGCGCUGUGUGUCCUUGGCCCGUGUCGCCUCUCGGUGACCUCUGUCCCAGCCUUGUCCUUCAGCUCGGGCCUCUGUAGGGCUUCGAUCGCUGGGGCUGAAGGGCUCGGAAGAGAUAGGAAGGAGCGGGGGAGCCGCCGCCGCCUUUCUGGGAGGCCUCAGGCUCCGGUGACCUGCUCGAAUGCUGGCAUUGCUCUGUCCCUUAGUGAUGUUUCUUCUAGGUCCUAAAGCUUAAGAACACGAGAUUAGAAAAGUGUGGUGGUAGAAUACUGCUUUUAGCUCAAGUAAGAGUUGUGGAGCUUGAAACUAUUGCUGCAGUCUUUGGUAGUGAAUGUUUCAGGAGGUGGGCGCCUGAUGGACAGAAUUCGAAAGUGGUACUAUAAUGCAGCUGGGUUCAACAAAUAUGGAUUAAUGCGAGAUGAUACAUUGUAUGAAGAUGAUGAUGUAAAAGAAGCACUGAAGAGACUUCCAGAGGAUCUUUACAAUGAAAGAAUGUUUCGCAUAAAGAGAGCACUUGAUUUAAGCUUGAAACAUCGGAUCCUUCCAAAAGAACAGUGGGUAAAAUAUGAAGAGGAUAAGCCUUAUCUUGAACCGUACCUAAAAGAAGUAAUUCGUGAACGACUUGAAAGAGAAGCAUGGAACAAGAAAUAACUAUUGAACUACUUCAUGCAAAUAGCCACAUCUUUCUGAUAUUUCUAAAGUUUGGUUCAAGUCUUCAGGGAAGCACAUGUAAGGCUGAAGCAAUACUUGUUUCAGCUUGUUCAUUGAGUCUGUUCGUCCAACUAAAAUAAAUAUGUCAAAGUACAAAA